AUGCCGAUCCGUAUCCCCAGGGCCAACAGAACUGAGCUCGCCACGUACGGCGUAGCCGGCGUCGCAGGUUUUGCUCCAUUCUACUUCAUACUCCCCGGCGCCUCAGAACACCUAGCAUCACAGACUGCCCGAUGGGCGCCCCGAUGGGAACGUAACAUCUCAUACUUCGCUCCUCCCGCCCAAAGAAUGGCUCAACGCGUAGAACCUCGCGUCGAACGAACCGUAAAGAGGAUCGACAACCGACUGCCCCUAGAAAGGGUAGCCAAGAACGUCGACCGACGGAUCAAGUACGGCAUCGACAAGAUGGACAAGAUGAGCAAUCACUCCCUUACCAAAAUGCACAAGUUGCUUUUGUUUACUGCGGUUAUAGGAGUAUCAGCAUUCGUAUCUCCUCAAGCAGCACCAUCAGCGACGACAAGGGUGGACCCAAAGGCAUGUGCACGUAUAUCUUCUUCAGGCGCAUCAACCUUCCCAGCGUCUUUUGCGUAUGAGUGUCUUUGCUCAGUGCCGAACCGGAUUCAACCAGCACAGCAGCUCAUUCAAAGUCUCAAAGCCUUCGUGGAAUGGCAGUCUACCCUCGCUUGGCUGAAGAAUCCUCCAAAGUCUUAUGGAUUUCCUGCAGUCGAUAUACAGGGAAGUUUAGACAAGAUACUUGAGACAGCUAAACAAGGACGUUACGAGAGUGACAAAUUUAUGACUGUCGAGGAUAUCAUGUCGCCAGUGACUCUACAAAACGACAAAUUUACGGAAUACAUAGGAGAGCCUUACAAUGUGCUCGCUGCGAGCGGAAACGGAAACGGAAACGGAAACGGAAGCCCCUUUAAACCGGAGAACAUUGUAUUGCUUACAGACGGGGCAUGCAGCUCAACAUGCACAACAUUCUCAUAUCUCAUGCUCUUCCAAGAGCGCGUAAAGACGGUAUCGGUAGGAGGACGUCCACAAAAUACACAAAUGCAAUCCCUAGGCGGUGUCGAGGGAGGCCAAAGUCUUGGAAUGAGCGACAUUGCCCAAGCUGCCUUUGAUAGCGAUCUCGGCGUCCUCAACGAGGCCUAUGCCGUGCGGCGAGCCGCCGACCUAAACAGUCCCGGUGGCGUAAACUUCAAGAACAACUUCUCUCCUUCCGACUCAAAGACGCCGCUUCAGUUCCUUUACGAGCCCGGCAAACUGCCGCUUCUUCUACGCGUUGGACAUGAUAUCUAA